AAGCAAAUCCCAAAAAUGAACCCGAAUAAUUUGCAGCACACGCAAGCCCAUUCAAAUAACGACGAUUGCAACCAGCAUGAGGAAUGCCUGUCCUGCCAGCCACCCAAUCCACAAACUACCAGCAAAGACACACAGACAAGCAGCAGCCUAGCCCAUGGGUCAAGCCUACAGAAUGCCCGAAACGAGUUGCAGCUGCUUCAAAUCCAAAAUUUAGAAAUUAGAUUCAAAGAGUUCCGUCAACGCCGCGAGUGUCAUGUGGCCAAAGUGGCUGCGUUUAAGGAGCAAUUGGAUACAGACUGGAGACUUGUUUGUGAAUUACUAAAGGAAUAUAACGACGGAUGUGAAAUGGAAUAA